CUCUUCUUUUCCCUCUUCUUCAUUCUUCGUCUACGACUACGCGUUAUUCUGUCUUCGCGACUCCGUCUAAUCCCAGCCUUGCGCUUCUUCAUUCCACCAAAAUCCUCCCAUUGGUGACGAAAUCAAUCACGAGCAGAUCGCUCAUACACCAGGAUAAAAUUCAAGGUGGUCUGCCAUUGAUAUAUUGUGUAGAUCAUCGGGUGACUAAUGCAAGAUUCGAGGAUGCCACAGUUAGAGUACAUUUCAAUUCCCAGGCCACGGAAAAGGAAAACACCAACCCAAAAACCAGCCAUGUUUCUCGUACAAGUGAGUGAUGUCAAAGAUGUUCAACAGGCACCGUCACCUCCACUGGUAAGAGCAGAAAAGAAGUCUUCCAAGCGCAGUAUGAAGAAAGAACCCUCUUCUUUGUUCCAGCAGCCAGAGAGAUCAAACUCGGAUACUUUGCCAGACUCAUCUCCUCUUGGAAAUGAAUACAGAACACUAAGACUGAAGUAUUUGUUAAUGGAGGAACAAAACUUUGCCUUGGAGAGAGAAUUGCUAGAGCUUGAAGACGAGGUUAAGACACUCGAAGAUGAGAAACUCUCCCUCCUCGACCGUCUUGUUGUGUUAGAAGGCCUUGUUGAUCCCUAAGAAUUCAGUCCCAGGGCUGCAAUUACCUUAAAUCGAUAUCUGUACCACAGAUUGGAGGACUACAAUUAGUGCUUUCGUUUAUUGUUGUUAGCUCUAGAUUUCAACGAUCACCUUCAAUGUCUGAUUGUGUCACCUUAUACAAAUGUUGAAAUAUUGCAAUAUAAGUCAUUGAAUUUUUGUUUA